ACGGAAGUCUAAUGGAUCAAGCCUCCGGGGCCAGGUGCGCAUGCGCUUUGUUACUCGCGCUUCGGGAUCCCGACGCUGCUUCCAUAGGUGGUGUGGCUGCUCCUCUGCGGGCGACUCCUUCCUUGAGGUGCUUCUGGCGUGUGAGGAGCGGGCCGGCCCCGGCACCCGGGGAGGAAGGCGCUCCCUUCCCACGGCGGACACAGGAGCUAUGGCUGAGAAUGGAGAGACAUGGGGAGCCAGUGAGACUGAACUGGACCCAGUGGAGUACACUCUUCGAAAGCGGCUUCCCCACCGUCUCCCCCGAAGACCAAAUGACAUCUAUGUUAACAUGAAGACUGACUUCAAAGCCCAGCUGGCUCGAUGUCAGAAGCUUCUGGAUGGUGGUGGAGGGGGUAGGGGCCAGGGUGGCUGUCCUGAGAUUUAUAUUCAUGGCCUGGGCCUGGCCAUUAAUCGAGCCAUCAACAUUGCACUGCAGUUGCAAGCCAGCAGCUUUGGGGCCUUGCAAGUGGCUGCCAACACGUCCACUGUGGAGCUGGUGGAUGAGCUGGAGCCUGAGACUAACACUCGGGAGCCACUGACCCGAACCCGAAAUAACUCGGCCAUCCACAUUCGGGUCUUCCGUGUUACACCCAAGUAGCUGGAAUGGAGUUCUACUGCUUUCUCAGCUGGAUAGCCAUAUUUUCCUUUCUACAUUUGUGCUGGGCCAUGGUUCUCCUUUUCAUUUUUCACACUCUGGGCAUUCAGAGAUCUCGGUUCCCUCCCCACCAUUCAGGCUCUUAGAGAGAGGUACUGUUGUGGGUUUUCCAGCUUUCUGCCACCAACCCCAGAGAAAGCCAUUGGUUCAGGCUCCUGAAAUAAAAAAGACUGUGUGAGGGAGAAGUUUAUGUUCUCUUUCUUGUUUGGGCCUAAGUAGUGAGUUUUUUUCAGAAGCUGGAAUGUUCUGUAAUUCUCUCUCUGAUCUUCCUCCAUCGCUGUGUUACUAUGUGUUACCCUACAGUCUUUCCACCUGUAGGGUUCCUGGCCACUGGAAGGGAAUGGGAUGUUUCAUUUCCUGCCUGUGAAGCCCUCCUUCUGACUGACCCCACUCACUGGAGACUGUACUUUGCUUUGAGGGAUCCAUGUUUUCCCCCAUUGCUUUCUCAUUCUCCUUCACAGAUGAUAAGUGAAUGAAAAAACAUUGAGUAAGCUCUUAUGAUAUACAGACCUCUGUGCUAAAUGUUAGGGACAUAAAAUAGAAAAGUGAGAGAAUCUUGUUCUCAAAGAGUUCAUUCACAUUCCAAAAAGGAUAGGAGGGACCCACAUAGGAGCUGUAGUACAGAUGGAAAGGCCUACUGGUCCUUAAAGUGCAGCAGGAGUGCAGAUGAUAAGGAUUACUCAACAUGCUGGAGGCCUUUGUAUCUCGGGGUAUUAAUGUACUAGUAUUACCCAUUGCUUGUUAUUCCUUUUUUAAAAUGAUUGUGAACUAGAAAACCAUGACCACUCCCAUAUGCAAGGACAGCCAGAAAAUGAGCAUUGUUAUGAAACAAUCUCCUAUAUAUAGCUUGUUCUUUGUAAAAAUAUAUAUUAAAUUUAAUGUGGGAGUACUAAUA